ACAACUUUUUUUCAUUUUUCACAAUGUUUCAAGACUACAUUUCAGGUGCUUGAGACAGAUGAACAAUUCAAGAAACUGCUAUGUUUAAAAUCAACUCUGUUGAAAAAGCACAACAAGAAUCUAGAUAACAAGCUAAUGUCCUCUGUAACAACCUGGUCGAACAUUUCUAGUAUUAAAGAGGAUACUUUGGAUAUCAAUUAUUUAAAUUCAUUUUUGAAUUCUAGAAUAUCACAUAUUUUUUCAUCCGAGAGUGAGAUUUUAUCUUACAGUAAUAUUCUCAGAAACAUACCCUUGAAGAAGAAGCAUUACAACACUAAUAAUGAAAACAUAAUGGCUACAUCCAGUGACAAACAGUGCAACGUUAAUAAAGAUAAAUUUGAUCAUCUUCUUAUGCCACCUCCGGUAGGAAGUACAAUUUAUCAUACACAUGGAAAAACACAAGACAGGAUUCGUAUGUCGUCAAAUGAUAAAAAAGCAGCAUCGACUGUGCAGGACAGUUAUGCACAAUUUUCUCUACCAAAUACUCUUUCCAUGAAGUGCGCCUCCAGCUCUGUAUCCGCUAAUACAAAUAUUAGCAAAGAUUAUCCACAAUCUUAUAUUUCAUCAAGGAUUUCCACCAAUGUUAUACAAAAGGUUCAAAGAGUGUUUUCAAAAUGGAAAGUUAUGUUGAACAAUCAAUAUGAAUUAAUAAUUAAAGGAACGUUGGAAUGCGGAAAAAUUUCACACAGCAAGCCUAUAUCAAGAAGAUAUACCGCAACAUGUAUUGAAUCGAAAUUCAAAUAUAAAUAUCAUCUUGAAGGGAAUAUUUUUGACGAAACAAAUGAUUUGCCAAAUUAUGUACGCGGAAAAUUUUACAACGGCUUUCCCGAUGACUGGGAAAAUGUUUAUCUGCUAUGGAGAACAUACGUUAACCAGGGAUGUCCGAUAACAUUUCAUUGGCCUACUUCUAUUACCGAUAGCGAUGACGACUUGAAGAGUGAAAUGACAGAUCUGACUUACACAUGCGCGAAAAAUGAUGGAGUUGCUUCCAGAACAAAGUCUUACAGAUUAGCUGAAUGUAUCCAGUCUGAAUAUUCAAGUAAUAAGUUUCCAAAAAAGAAGGAAAAAUAUAAUUGCUUGAAAUACAGUUCUCAAAGUUAUAAGAAAAGUGCUUUGUUCAUAAAGUCUUUUAUUCCCGAGUCAGAAAACGAAGCACCUGUUGCACAAACGAGCUUAGCAUAUAACGAAGAUAGUGAACAGAAUUUUAAACCGAACGUAAAUACAUCGCACUCUUCCAGGAAAACGACCAGAUUGAAGGACUACAUUCAGGAGGAUAAACUGAAUAUUAUUAUCAAUAAUUUGAUAGAUAAGAAUUGUUCUCAGGCAUAUAUUGAUAAGAUUGUCGAGAUGUUUGAUUGUUUGAAUUACAUAGCGUCUUAUGAAUCGCCAGAAUGCAGUUACAGCCCGAUGGUUCUCGCAAGACAACAUGCUUCCAAGUCGGAACAGACUCCGCCACAGCAGACCGCCAUGCUCGAUAGCAAUUGUGUAGACACUAACAAGAUUGAAAACCGAACGAUGGAACCGAAAAACUACAUGCAUUCUAGCGAUCUGGGAUACGAAAGCGUAAAAAAUGACUCUAUCACUGCUCAUCAGUCGAAUCCAAGUACUAAGCCGGAGCGCAACAAUUACAAAAAUUUGGACAAAUCAGAGAGUGAGAUUUACUCGGGCAUACCAAAAAUACAGAUUGAACGAGUCUUAAGACACAGAGAAAGAAUGCACAAGCGUCAAGUGAAAAAGAAAAUAAUUUCUCAGAAAUAUGCGGCGAAUUCGCAGCACAAUGCGAGAGGAGUCGAGUCUGAAUCUGUUCAAAGGACAAUUCUAAUCGCGAGUGCCAAAGAAACUUUACUUUCCGAACCUUGCACAAGUACGCACGAUGAAGCGACGAAUGCAGGAAGACGCCACAAAACAGUUGUGCAUCAAAGACCGCACGGAACCACUUUUUUCACCAAUCAAGAGGCACCUAGGAACAAUGCAGAUAUACACGAAGGAAACAAACCUGCAAUGCGCACGCAACAAUUUGAUGCACGAAAAGUUUAUCUAAAUGCCUUUAUAAAGGAACAAAAUUCGCGCGGAACUGCGAAGUUUCCACAACCGCAGGCAUAUUCGCAAAUUAUUUCCGAUGUCGAUUACAUUACCGAUGUCGAUUCUGACAUCGAUAUCAUUACUACAGACACCAACACGCAGAAACCAAGCACAAUGCCACGUUAUUUGGACAAAGACAUUAUGAUCGAUAGUGAGAGCAAUAGUAAUUUUGUCGAAAAAUCUCCUCGAGGACUGCGUAAAGAAUUCAUCAGAUCGGAAAGCGAGGUUGCAAUGAAGAGGUCCAAACCUUUCAUAACCAGUUUGACACCGAUGAAUCUGAAUUUGAAAAUAAGUAAGAGCACGGAUUUAAAAUCCGCACAAUCGCACGAUUCAGACGUGAUUAUCAAGGAGGACGUCAAGCAACGCAGUUUGCAAGAAUCGUCAUUUGCUUCGCUGAAAAACGACUCGAACAAAGCAUUGAAUGUUAAAGAAACAAAACAGGAAGUUGAGUCCAAAAGUGCAUCGAAGAUGCAAAGUGUGAAUAAGCAGAAACUGUCCGAAUCGAAUGAGGAUUCUGAUACAAAUAAAAAGCAAUUACCUAACAUCAAAGCUACGAGCACCACGAAAAAGUCGGGCAACUCGAAAAAAUCCGCGAUCAAACGACGGAGGGCACAAAGAAGAUUGAUCUCUUCAUCCACUGAUAGCGAAGAAGAGAAAGCAAGGUCUCUGCAUAAGCGUUUGUGCAACUCGCAGCCGAAAGUUUAUGCAGAUGCGGACUCCUUGAAAGAUCAGCUGAAAAGACGAACAUCUUUCUACUCAUUGCAAAACACAACCUCACACGAAGGCACAACUAAACCUAACAAUAACUAUACGACUUACUGUUCAUUAACGAAAAAGGCCAGCAACAAUGUGACCUGUGCUUAUUAUAAGGAUGUUCCAGUUUCAGAAGACUUUUUGUCAGAGGAUCAAAUAUCGAUUUUGGACGAUAAUCAUGCAAAGGUUUUCACAUUAUAUUAAUAUUUACAUUGUUGACAUUUUUGAUAAUUUUAAGAAAAUAAUUUUUUUUAU